AUGCUGAAGCGAUGGUUUCUAGGAAAGCGUGUCAUUGCUGCGUUGCUCUUCUGCUUCGUUCUGCUCCUGUAUCGUCAGGCCUGCAGGUCUCAAAUCCAAACCCGGUCAGGACAUCCAACAGAUGAAGAUGCCUACGAGUCUUUACUGCACCAGCACGAGCGCCAGUAUCUUCAGCAGACCACAAACCUCACCAGACUGAUCUCACAGCUGAAAGCGGAGCUGCAGGAGAGGAGCAGACAGCUGCAGAGAUCCGCUGUGAUCUUCCCGCUGGAGCAUGAAGAGCAGAACCAGUCAGAGCUGGAGGAGUUCAUGCGGAAGCAGCUCAGACGGGCCGGCAAGAUCUUCACAGGAGAACCGCUGCCGAAUGAGUUUGCGGUUCUGCCGUUCGAGACCUUCACCCUGCGCCAGGUCUAUCAGCUGGAAACCGGACUGACGCGACUCCCGGUGGAAAGUCCGCUUCGUCAGGACCGCAAGAACGAGAUGAACGGGGCGUUAGAAGCGGCGCUGCAUCUGCUGAAUGAACCUCAACUCAGAGACUCGCAGCAGCGCAGGAUUUACUCUCCUCAACACUUCUAUGAAGGAAUCUUACGCACAGAGAGGGACAAAGGAACGUUAUAUGAUCUCACGUUCAGAGAAAACGGUGUUCCAAAUUUCAGGAGGCUGGUCUUCUUCCGUCCGUUUGCUCCGCUGAUGAAGGUGAAGGAGGAACUGAUGGACGCGUCUCAGAUCCUCAUCAAUAUAAUCGUACCACUAGCAGACACAGUGGAGUCAUUCAGACAAUUCAUGCAACAUUUCAGUGAUGUUUGCAUUCGUCAGGAUGGACGGACACAUCUCACCGUGGUGUUUUUUGGGCAUGAAAAGACGAAUGAAGUGAAAGGAAUUCUGGAUGCAGUGUCAAGGAGAAUGAAAUACCGGAACUUGACGCUGAUCCAUCUGAACGAAGCGUUCUCCAGAGGACGAGGCCUGCAAGUCGGCGCUCGAGCCUGGAAGCGAAGCAACGUCCUCCUGUUUUUCUGUGAUGUGAACGUUCGGUUUGGCGCAGAGUUCCUGAACUCGUGCCGUAUGAACGCAGAAGCAGGUAAAAAAGUGUUUUAUCCAGUGAUGUUCAGCCUGUAUAAUCCAGAGAUCAUCUAUGGUCAGCACAUCCCUUCUGCUCAAGAUCAGCUUGUGAUCAGGAAAGAUUUUGGCUUCUGGAAGGACGUUGAUUAUGGGAUGACGUGUCAGUACAGAUCAGAUUUCAUUAACACAGGUGGAUUUGAUGUUUCUGCAAAAGGCAGAGCUACAGAAGAUGUUCAUCUCUACAGGAAGUUCCUGCACAGCAAUCUGAUGGUGGUUCGCGCUCCGUCACGCCACCUGUUUCACUUGUGGCAUCCAACUGUCUGUCACGCACAUUUAUCCAGCGAGGCGCUUAAACUGUGUUUGCAGACCAAAGCGCUGAAUGAGGCGUCUCACAGUCAGCUGGGACAGAUGAUCUUCCACCAAGAGAUCGACAAUCAUCUGCACAAAUACAACCAGCACAAUAUCAAGUCAUGA